CAUACGGAAGGAACAUGUGCUAAGUAAGAUCUGUCGAAAGAUAGCUUCAGCUAUCAACGGCGCCCUUUUCCUGCGUAUUUGAGUAUUUCACAGGGUUCAUUCGCAUGUGUGAUCGUGCACUGUUUUUCCAGCAAUGUACUGUUGCUACAAGGACCGGGAGGAGUUGGAGGAUGAUCUGUACCGAGAGGAGGAGGAGGACUCUGAGGGGUCAGAGGCCAACAGCGAGCUAGAGUUCCACCUCUACAGCCAGCUUCACUACGCCUCCAACAUUGGAGAUCUGGAGGAGCAGGAGAGACAAGGUCAGGACAGCCAGCAGCUCGAUGUGAUCAAAAACACUACAGAUGGUGAUGAAGAACAAGCACCCAGGGGAGAAAGCAGGGUUUUGUCACGUAAUACAAACAGAAUACAGCAGCACCUGUCAAAGCAAAAAGGAGAGAAAUGUGACAACCAGAAACAUGACUCUAAAGGUCAGAGGCCAUCAUUUUUACAGGAGGUCAUUGUGAUUGACUCCAGCCCUGAGGUCAUCUCUAUCUCUGAGGAUGACACGACUGAUGAUGACAAAGGGCUCUGUUCCUUAAAGGGUCAGAGGUUACACCAGCUGCAGACUUCCAUCCCAACCCCACAGGAGACCUACACAAGGAAGAAGAGUCUCAGUGUGCCUAUAUCUGUGGACAGCAGCACUUCUGAAACAGAGUCAGAAGGAUCGCACUCAUCUGAUUCUGAUUCAGACUGUAUUGAGCACUGGAUGAUCCUGGGUCAAGGAAAGCAGGAUGGCGACCAGUCCAUGUCACUGAAUUUGGAGGGAGGAGUUGACAGCAGCACAGAUGUUGAAGAUGACGAUAAUGAUGGCAGCUGGCUGAUUUCUAACAGGGACAAAGAGGCUCAGAUCUUUAAUAAAGGCAGAGGAGCCAGGAUGACGAUGCAGCGAGUGUCAAACAGAUAUUACACUCAUACGAAUGUCCAUUGUAGAAACUGCAGCAAUACUGGACAUCUGUCUAAGAACUGCCCCCAGCCUAAUAAAUUGGCACCCUGCCACCUGUGUAGCACAACAGGCCACAGUGCCAGCGAGUGCCCCUUCAGGUACUGCAACAACUGUGGUCUGCCUGGGCACCUGUACGAGUCCUGCAGUGAGAAAGCCUACUGGCACAAAAAGUGCUAUCGCUGCAACAUGACGGGACAUUUCUUUGAUGCCUGUCCAGAAAUAUGGAGACAGUAUCACCUCACUAAUAAGAAAGGUCUUCCUUUGAGGUGGAAUGGAGAAAACAAGAGUCGAGUUCCUGCGUACUGCUACAACUGCUCCAGAAAAGGACAUUAUGGCCACGCAUGUUCACAACAGAGGAUGUUCAGCAGGACUUUUCCCACCAUUCCAUACAUCAACCAUUAUGACACCAUGGAAGACAUCAACCGCAUACAGCACAGGAUCAAGUUCAAGGUUAGAGAUUUGAAGCAAGCUGGCCUUUUCCCCACCUGUUCUGUCAUAUCUGAAACACUGGAGCCAUCAAAGAAGAGACAGAAACUUCAUCAUAACCAACACAACAACCAACCAAACUAUAAAUCUCCCAAAACUCCAAACAACUACAAACCCAAUUCCCGCCAUUUAGUUUUUAUUGAAAAGGAAGGCAGUCUGAUCACAGUGCCAAAAACAGGAAACAAUAAGAGAAAAGUUUCUUGUGGUUCAGCAAAACAGUGGAAACAAAAAAGACCAGUGCCAGCCUCAAGAGACCUUCUCCCAUCAACAAAACUACUUUUAGAUGAAGCAGAUGACUUUCCAAGAGGGGGAAAGAACACAGAGAGGAGAGUAAAAAAGAAUAAAGUCCCUCCACUGAGACCAGAGACACCCCGGAACAAACACUUAAAGCGUCAGUUUUGGACAGACACCACAGAGACGCACUGGUUACCUGCAAAGUGGGAGAAGAAAGAAAAAGGAGAAGGUACGAGGAAAAGAAAUAAAACCUGGCAGAAGCAACGUGCAAAAGAAAUGUACCCAGCCAAUGACAACCUGUUUCUCAUAAAACAGAGGAAACGAAAAAGUUAGCAUUUUUUUUACUUAGUUUGAGCCUCGUCAUCCCCCUCAGUUGUCUCUAACUGCUCAACACAGCGCAAUGUACCUGCAGGAGGAAAACCCAGGCUUUUUGAUUGGCAGUUCAACAGUGAUGGGUUUGAGGGCUUCUGUGAGGGCCUAAAACCGUUUUGGGCUCUGUAGCAUUUGAGACAGUGACGCGUUAUUAUCCUCCUGAGGUCUACAGGACAACAUUCCAAUCUUUACAUAAUCACUUUUACAAUUGAAUUAAAAAAUAUCAUAAAUGAUAUGGGAACGUCCUCUAAAUUUCGAGAAAGGAAGUAAUUUUUAUUAUACAGGGCUGUGUCCAUAUAUUUGGACAUUGACAAGUUUUUUGUCCCAUCAGUUGGGAGUGCCAUGAGCUCGUUUAUUUUCUUUUAGCACUAAUAUUGUGAUCGACAAGUAAAAAUUAAAAAGUGAGCAGGUAGCUCUGGUCCAAAUCUUCAUGGUCUUUGUGCCCCCUUCUUACUGUGUGGUUGUGAGACCUGGAUGCUAACCAGUCACCUGAGAUGACAACUGAAUGUCUUUGGUAUUACGUCUCUUUGGCAGAUGGUUACCACAGGAAUGAUUUUGUGUCAAAUGAGUGGUUACUUACUUAGAGAGACUCAAAUGAGGAGUCCCGCAUUGUGAGGGAACGUCAACUAUAACAUUUUGGCCACGAGCUACGUUUCUCUGUGUGUGAUCCAGCACAUAGGUGCCUUAGUGUUGAGGACACCACCGGCUGGAGAAGGCCAUAUUGACGUCCAUGCUUCAUGUGGCUCAGACAGUUCGAUGCCUACUUUUGAGUGGUGGGAAUGGAUUAGUUUAUCUGCUUGGGUGGUUGUCAUCCAGGGCCCAAGAUGGUUCUGUACUGUAGUGGAUGUGAUGAUGUGCCAGCGCAUGCUGCCAGGCUUCACUUAACACCCCUGUUCCACAGGGCACCGUUCUAUUCCAAUCUCCCACAAUCCAAAAAAAAAAAAAAAAAAAUGCAAAAAGGGAUGAAAUGGCUUUUUCCAGCUUACUUCCUAUCAGGCUGGCUUAUAAGUGCAGACCUGGCAACUGGCUGUCUUACAUGUAGAGCUGCACCAGCUGCAUCCUCAGCCAGAACUGCAACAAACGCUGCUUCUGCUUCAAAUUUUUUACCCUGAUGGAGCACAAUCAAACAAGUAUCAAGCUGCACUCACUAGGACUACCCCAUUUAAAGAUGUUUGAACAUGAUUGAACCUGUUAAGACUACAGACAUCUGGAAGUGACCACGUAAUGAGACCACUUAGGUGAAUCGGAAUGAAAUUUUUGAACAGCUUGAAAAUUUCAACCCAAUUUCAAAACUGGUGCCAAUGAUGGCCGUAAAUACUGCACAUACUGUUUGUUCAAGAUUGACAAAAGGUGGAUCAAGAAGUUACUAUGAUUCUUCAAAUCCUGCCUGGAUUUGUUAUUCGGAAUGAAACUAGAAGGAACGGCAGUCUGUGGAAUAGCCCAAUACCAGGUACCUCAAUGGGGUAGGAGUUUAGCUCCAAAUUUGUGGAGCUGGGUUUGAUUCCUAAUUGCACUGCUGUCUCUGCCCUUAGACAGGACUGUUGAUUUGCUGCCCCCAGAUCACAUGCAAAAAGGAGGCCUUAUCACUUCCAUCCUUCCAUCCUGAAGUUUUGUAGUGAUCUUUUCAAUAUACAGUAAAAUUUGCAUAUAAUAGAUUCAGGUGGACCAGCGAAUUUUGUCUGUUACAAUCGAAAUCCGUGGACAAAUUCUGUUAUAUGUAUAAAACAGAAAAAAAUCUGUUGUAUAUAUGUAACAGAUUAGUUACAGCCAGGAGGCACCGAACGAUCUACGGGGAAUCCCCAGCACCAAUUAGGCUUAGGUAUUUCCUUGAUUAAACGCCUGACCUUGAAUCAGGACCUGCCUCAUUUAAUGGCCGGGUCAAAACUGCAUCUGAAACAAAUAGACACUGCCUUAAAUAAGUGCCAGGGGUUAUGUGCAUUAAAAGGAAUUACAUUUGGUCAAGUCACUCUGUUUUCUAAGUCAGCUGCAGAUUGAUGUCUUGAAAUCCUAAAGCUCAAUUAAUGCGUCUCCAGCUCCGUAACUCUGUGGCCAUGCAAUAAUAUAGAUGUGCGUGUGACCCUUUUAAAGUUCUCCAUCGCGUGUUUAUGCAAUUUACCACAGGAACAGUGGCCUUUUC